UUUCUCUCUCUUUCUCUUGCUUUCUCUGUGCACAGCUCUCUUCUCCUUCUCAUCUUCAUUUCUUGAUUUCCCUUCUUUUCUUUUAUUUGAAAAAAGAAAGAGAGAGAGAGAGAGAGAGAGAAAUAGAGGUUUCUUUUUUGAGGGUUCAAGCGUUUCAGAUCUGGGGAUUUGAAGCUAUCUCUAAUAGUAGAGUUCUUGGUAUUUUAAAAUCCUUUGAAUGCAAAACUUGAUCGUUUAACAAACAAAGCAGACAGACGGACAUUUCAAUAUCAACUUGAAAUAAUUUUGAGAGUUCGGGUGUUAUCUUUCAUUUUGAAAAGCACCCACAAAGAUGCAGAGGCCUCCACCUGAGGAAUUUGUAUUGAAGGAGACCAAUCCCCAUCUUGGAGGGGGAAAGGUUACUGGAGACAAGCUCACCACUACUUAUGACCUCGUUGAGCAGAUGCAGUAUCUCUAUGUCCGGGUUGUUAAGGCCAAGGACUUGCCUGGUAAAGAUGUUACAGGUAGCUGUGAUCCUUAUGUGGAAGUUAAGCUUGGCAAUUAUAAGGGUACCACUCGGCAUUUCGAGAAGAAAUCAAAUCCUGAGUGGAGCCAGGUGUUUGCAUUUUCAAAGGAUCGAAUUCAGGCUUCUGUUCUUGAGGUUACUGUGAAGGAUAAGGAUGUUGUGAAGGAUGAUUUCAUGGGUCGAGUUUUGUUUGACUUGAACGAGGUACCAAAACGUGUACCGCCUGAUAGUCCAUUAGCACCGCAAUGGUAUAGAUUGGAGGAUAGGAAAGGGGAUAAAGUUAAGGGGGAAUUGAUGUUAGCUGUAUGGAUGGGUACACAGGCGGAUGAAGCAUUUCCUGAAGCUUGGCAUUCUGAUGCAGCUUCUGUCAGUGGAAUGGAUAGUCUGGCCAAUAUUCGGUCAAAGGUAUAUCUCUCUCCAAAACUAUGGUAUUUGAGGGUCAAUGUCAUUGAAGCUCAAGACUUGCAACCAAAUGAUAAAGGUCGAUAUCCUGAAGUCUUUGUGAAGGCUAUCCUGGGAAAUCAAGCCUUGAGAACAAGAAUUUCUCUUAGCAGGAGUAUUAAUCCUUUGUGGAAUGAAGACCUUAUGUUUGUGGCUGCAGAACCAUUUGAGGAGCCUUUGAUUUUAAGUGUGGAAGAUAGAGUUGCACCUAACAAGGAAGAAGUAUUGGGGAGAUGUGCAAUUCCUUUGCAGUAUGUUGACAGAAGGCUUGACCACAGACCUGUUAAUACUAGGUGGUUUAAUCUGGAGAAACAUGUUAUUGUAGAAGGGGAAAAAAAGAAGGAAACUAAGUUUGCCAGCAGGAUUCACAUGAGAAUCUGUCUGGAGGGUGGCUAUCAUGUUCUGGAUGAAUCAACACACUACAGCAGCGAUCUUCGGCCUACAGCCAAACAGUUGUGGAAGCAAAGCAUAGGGGUGCUUGAAUUAGGUAUUCUCAGUGCACAAGGAUUGAUGCCCAUGAAGACAAAGGAUGGUCGGGGAACAACUGAUGCAUACUGUGUGGCGAAGUAUGGUCAGAAAUGGGUUCGGACACGAACUAUAAUUGAAAGUUUUACACCCAAGUGGAAUGAGCAAUAUACCUGGGAGGUUUUUGAUCCCUGCACUGUGAUAACCAUUGGGGUAUUUGAUAAUUGUCAUCUGCAUGGAGGGGACAAGUCUGGAGCAGCAAAAGAUUCGAGGAUCGGUAAGGUGAGAAUCCGUCUUUCCACUCUCGAAACUGACCGGGUUUACACACAUUCAUAUCCUCUUUUGGUUCUGCAUGGUAAUGGUGUUAAGAAGAUGGGAGAAAUUCAUUUAGCAGUUCGUUUCACAUGCUCAUCCUUGCUCAAUAUGAUGCACAUGUACUCGCAUCCUCUGUUGCCAAAGAUGCAUUAUCUUCAUCCACUCACAGUGAGCCAGCUUGAUAGUUUGAGACACCAGGCCACUCAAAUUGUGUCAAUGAGGUUGAGCAGAGCCGAGCCACCAUUAAGGAAGGAAGUUGUUGAAUACAUGCUAGAUGUGGGGUCUCACAUGUGGAGUAUGAGAAGAAGCAAAGCCAACUUCUUCAGAAUUAUGGGGGUUUUGAGCGGGCUAAUUGCAGUUGGCAAAUGGUUUGAUCAGAUAUGCAAUUGGAAGAACCCCAUCACUACAGUGCUCAUUCACAUAUUGUUUAUAAUACUAGUGCUCUACCCAGAGCUUAUCUUGCCUACAAUCUUUCUGUAUCUCUUCUUGAUUGGUGUUUGGUACUAUAGAUGGAGGCCAAGGCAUCCUCCUCACAUGGACACCCGUCUAUCACAUGCGGAGUCUGCACAUCCUGAUGAACUAGAUGAGGAGUUUGAUACCUUCCCAACUUCGCGACCUUCUGAUAUUGUAAGGAUGAGAUAUGAUCGAUUGAGAAGUAUUGCUGGAAGAAUUCAGACUGUGGUCGGAGAUUUAGCUACUCAAGGGGAGAGACUGCAAUCUUUGCUAAGCUGGCGAGACCCAAGGGCCACAGCUUUGUUUGUGAUUUUUUGUUUGGUAGCUGCCAUUGUUCUGUAUGUUACUCCUUUCCAAGUUGUGGCACUUCUUAGUGGAUUUUAUGUGUUGAGACAUCCAAGGUUCCGCCACAGGCUACCUUCAGUGCCACUCAAUUUCUUCCGACGGUUGCCAGCAAGAACUGAUUGUAUGUUGUGAGCAGAAAGUGGUCUUAUCUGGAACGCUGUUUUGUAUUUUUAUUUUUGCCUUCUUGUUGAGUCAGUGAACAAGAUGCAGAAAGGAAUGGAGCUUGUUUACUUUCUAUGUAUACCAGCGGAUGUUGGUUCUGGUAUGACGUGUAACCUUCCUCUGAAGGUAGUAGAUUUUGUGGAUUUUCAGGUUUUCUUUUUUCUUCUUUGAAGUUAUUUAAUAUAAUUUCUGUUUUAAGCUUCGA